UGUGGAGUCGACGGGCUUCACUUUCGCGAGCAACUGCUGCUGCCGCAACCGAGUGGACCACUGAAGGUGCAGUCCAACAUGCGAGGCCGCGUGGUGGUGUUUGCGCUCCACGCCGAGUGUGAUACGAAAGUGAUGAAGCAACUGCUGUUGGAGGACGAGGUCGCAGGAGGGACCCCGACAACAACGCCCCUCGCCGUGCAAGAGGAAUCGCCGUCCAGCAGCACCGAAGGAAAAGACAAUAGCGAGGCGGACCCCGAAAACAAGAAGAAAAGGAAAAAUACACAAGAUGCUGAUGGUGUCGCUGGGGACGGCCGGCGAAUAAAUCCCGCCGUCGCCAACACAUGCCCACGGCCGAAGAAAUUGAUGGAUGCGGUGUUGUUGGAAAUUGGUGGUGUUGGGGCGUUGAACAGCGAGUCCUCUUUGGUGCUACGUGAGUUGGCGAGUGUGGCCAAGGCGCGUGAUAUUGUCUUGUGUGCGACGGUGCAAGAGCCCUUUGGGAGCCUCUCAAAUUCGGAGAUCUGUCGGCUGCGUGGCGUCUCGCCAGAUCUCAUAUAUUUGCAUAUGACGACUGCGGCGGCGGAAACGAAGCUGAUGUACUUGUUUGGGAAGGGCCUUUCGCCGGCUGCCGUGAGGAAGCUGUUGCCACGUAACCUCCGUGGUGAGGUCACUCCAGGUGCGGCAUGCGAAGCCAACCUGUAA